UCAUUUCGUGUCAGUGAGAGGUGCAGAGUGACUGACAGUUGAUCGUUAAAGCAAAUCUCCGAUCAUGGCGGAAGAGAAGCACCACCACCACCUCUUCCACCACCACAAGGACGACGAGGAACAGAAGACGGUCGAGGCGGUUACAUACUCCGAAACCGCCGGCGGUGCAGGAUACGGCAGAAAUGAGGAUUACGAGAAAGAGGAGAAGCAUCACAAGCACAAGGAACACCUCGGCGAGAUGGGCGCCGCCGCCGCCGGUGCCUUUGCUCUGUAUGAGAAGCACGAGGCGAAGAAGGAUCCGGAGCACAAGCACAAGCACAAGAUAGAGGAGGAGAUCGCGGCGGCGGCGGCGGUGGGGUCCGGCGGGUACGCAUUCCACGAGCAUCAUGAGAAAAAGGAAGCUAAGGAAGAAGCUGAGAAGGCUGAGGGAAAGCAUCACCACCAUCUCUUUUGAAAUAUACGUACGAACGCAUAUACACAUACAUACAUACAUACAUACAGCUCUAUACUGUGUCUCUGUGUGAUGUGAUAUUUAUUUUUACUUUGAUAAAUAAGCAAGUGAAGUUUGGUGUGUGUAUAAUGUUAAGAUUUCAUAUUAAUAUUUGAACCAAUACAUACAUACAUGUAUAUUGAGGCUAACAGUUGUUGUAAUAAAUAUUUAAAAUAUCUUUA